AUGGCGGACCAGCCCCCAAUCGUUCUUGACGGAGGAACCGGCUUCCUGAAAGUCGGAUAUGCGGCGCAGAACUUCCCCGAACACCAGUUCCCCUCCAUAGUGGGGCGGCCUAUUCUCAGAUCCGAGGAGCAGGCUGGGGAUAUCAUUGUGAAAGAUAUUAUGUGUGGCGAUGAAGCUGCCGCUGCUAGAUCGAUGUUGCAAAUUAGCUACCCUAUGGAGAAUGGAAUUGUGAAGAAAUGGGAUGACAUGCAACAUCUAUGGAACUAUACGUUUUACGAUAAAAUGAAGAUCGAUCCUGCAGGCCGGAAAAUCCUCCUCACGGAACCACCUAUGAAUCCCCUCAAAAACAGAGAGCAGAUGUGCGAGGUGAUGUUCGAGGGAUACAACUUCGGAGGAGUAUACGUUGCGAUACAGGCUGUUCUGGCCCUCUACGCACAAGGUCUCAGCAGUGGUGUCGUGGUCGAUUCGGGGGAUGGCGUCACUCAUAUAGUUCCGGUUUACGAGUCCACCGUCUUAAACCAUCUAACGCGCCGUCUCGAUGUUGCAGGCCGCGAUGUCACUCGUAACCUAAUCGCCCUUCUUCUCCGACGCGGCUACGCCCUUAACCGUACCGCUGACUUCGAAACCGUUCGUCAAAUCAAAGAAAAACUCUGUUACGUGUCCUAUGACCUGGAACUUGACCAGCGUCUCUCAGAAGAUACGACCGUGUUGGUUGAAUCAUAUACCCUCCCAGAUGGCAGAGUGAUUAGGGUUGGUAGCGAGCGGUUUGAGGCUCCAGAAUGCCUCUUCCAACCCCAUCUUGUCGACGUAGAGCAGCCUGGUAUCGCGGAGUUUCUGUUCAACACCAUUCAGGCUGCUGAUGUUGAUGUGAGGAGUAGUUUGUAUAAGGCUAUUGUUCUCAGUGGCGGUAGCAGCAUGUAUCCCGGUCUACCAUCGAGGCUUGAGAAAGAAUUGAAGCAGCUCUGGUUGACACGGGUAUUACAAGGGAACCCGGAAAGACUAAACAAAUUUAAAGUACGCAUCGAAGACCCCCCUCGAAGAAGACACAUGGUGUUCCUCGGAGGUGCUGUACUCGCAAAUCUGCUAGCAGACAAAGAAAACAUGUGGAUCUCGAAAGCAGAAUGGGAUGAAAAGGGUGCCGCUGCUCUCGAGAAACUUGGUCCAAGAUAA